AUGUACGAGUGCAGUCGCUGCGGUAAUCGAAGAAAUUGCUUAAGUCCCUGCACCGCCGACAAAUUCCAAAACUCCGGAAAGGAUUACAUAGAGGGCGCCUCCAGUUGGUGCAACUUGUGCAACGAACUGACCUUCUUUAUGAAGAACAACGCGGCCAGCGAAUCGGUUCAGAUACUUUUCAGACAAAGUUUGGACUCGAUCGAUUCGGUAACUGGCAGGAUAUCAACUUUGAAUUCCGGAAAGGGUAUACAGAUUCAACAGGCCGCCAGUCUGGCUAACCAUAUGAAUAAUUGGGCCGUCGAGGCCGUGGAUCCGCCGAGAAACGGUGGAUCCUUCAAUUUACUGCCCAAUAGGCAUGGCAACUUGAAUCGCAAUCAGCAUAUUGAAGAUGAUCCUGUCACAACACCCGUGACUCCAUUAAAUGUUUCCCCAGCGACGAGUACUCGAUCUGAUGCGAGCACUCUACGUAAUUCAAGUCCUGCGAAAGUGGUUCCAUCACGAAGUAAAAGAUCUGGAAAGAUCAAGGGCAUCGAACUAAUGCGAUCCACACCGCCUAGGCAUAUGAAUCCCGUACUACCAGUCGAACUAGAUCGUCGCCUGUCGCCUGUUAAUCCAUAUGCCAGAACCUACAAGCAUCGCGAUGACCAGAAUCAAAGAUCUGAAACCUCCACCAAGCGGGUAAAGAGCUCUGAUCUUUAUUCCAUAACCACUGGGCCGGGUCUUACCAUCAAGGACAUCAAGAAGUUGCAGCGUCGCUUUGCUGCCGAUGAAUCCUCCGCCGAACCAGGGACCUCCAAGCAGGCAAAGAGCCCAGAUUCCCGGCCUAAGAAUUCCAGCAAUAUGGAACUUCAAAAGAAGCUACUCGAGAAACGGCGACAAAUGAGAAAGUUGGCCUUGAUGAGAAACCGGCUGGAUGCGGAAUGUGAGACGGCCCGAACGGAACUGGAUGUCCUGGAGAAAAGGACACAUCGCUCUUCCUCGGGACGAAGUAAACGACAGAGUGGAGGAGCACAUAUGACCUUACAACGUUUGAAGUCUAAAGCGGAAAUGGAAAAGAAAAUAACAGAAGGCAAGAAGUUGCACAAGGAAGAAAGUCUGGAAACCCUGUUGAAGGCUCUACACGAAGAGGAUAAACCAUAUAUAAAGAGCAAGGAUUUGGAUUCGGAUCGGUUUUCCCAAGAGAGCCUUGAAACAUUAGACCCUUCUUUAGAAUCCGAAACCGAUACGGAAACCGUGACUGAAAGUGAUUCGGGUUCGGAUACGGAAACCAACUUAGAAACUACCCUAUCAACGACACAAAGAGAAAGUAUAGUUGUCAGAAAGCAAAGGAUCUAUGUACCGCUGCCCUAUCAGCUGAGAAAUCCUUUUGCAACCCCUGCCAAUGUUGGCUUCUACAUGCCCAGUGGCUAUCGACCCAGGGAUAAUUUCGAGCGAACCCAGCCCUUGGGUGAACCGCGCAGGAUGUGCAUUCUCUUGUCCUCGGCGCAACGAGCUCUCUUUUCCAGCUUCGUCAACGAUCCGUUGGAUAUUGUUAAGCUAAUCAGGAGCCUAGAUGAAUCCAUGGAAGUCUGCUUGAAUGCCCCGCGAGCUCAGUUCUCCACGAUAGCCUGUUCGGAGAAGGAACUCAUCCGACUGAUCGAGAAGAAACCGCAGAUGACCAAGUUGCAAAAGACCAAGGAACUGGACGUUUCGCGAUCCCCCGUUCGUUGUCCCGAUUCCGAUUGCCAGCGGCUGUGCUUCGUCUCCGAUUUGAAUAACCAUCUGCUGCUGGAUCAUCGAUCCUUGACCAUGGAGAGGAUUAAGGCUAGGGAGACCAAGACCUUCUUUCUGGACACCAACAUGACGAUGGUGGACAAGCCCAAGUGCCACAUGGUCUAUAUGGUGCGGGAUAAGAUCAUCGACACCCAGGCCGAGGAUCUCCGUGAUCUACUGCCCGUCCUGGUGAUGAGUGGCCGUACUUAUUUAACCAAUGCUUUGGGUGUUAAUACCCGGGGAUCCCGUACUAGGUCCCAAUCCGAUAUAGAAUUCUUCGUUCUCUGGUUAACCGGAUUUGUGCCGCGUGGCAUGCAACCCAUGGCCACCCUUUCGCUUUGGUCCACCCUAGGUCCCCAGAUGGCCGGUUGCGUUGGGGUUAAUACCGGCUAUAUCUACGAUAUCCGGGCUCCCAACGAAGUGGGCCACGUCGGCCGCAGUCGGUGCGCCAUGGUGCUGCCCAUGGCCAUGAUCACGGAGAUGACCAACAAUGCCCGCAGAUUCCUGGCCGUUCAGGUGCAGGUCUACUGAUGAUCGAUCGACAACAAGUGCUAAAUUUUACCGUACUAAUUGGAUAGAUUUGUAUCUAAUAAAACAAUCUUAUGAUCACUUUUCUAUA